AUGGUCUUCACCAGAGCCUCCGCCGCAAUGGCGCGCCCUGCCGUCCGGGCGGCCAGGUCUUCGGCCGUCGCCUUCCCGCGCCGGUCGCUCUGCGCCUCCGCUCCGCGCAUGGCCGCCGCGAGCCUCUUCCCCGGCGAGCCCUCCGGCCCGUCGGUCAAGACCGAAAUCCCGGGUCCGGCCUCCAAGAAGCACACUGAGGACCUGCACAAGGUGUUCGAUACGCGGAGCUUGAACAUGCUCACGGACUACAAGAAGAGCAAGGGCAACUACAUUGUCGACGCCGAUGGUAACGUCCUGCUUGACGUUUACGCCCAGAUCGCCUCCAUCCCCCUGGGAUACAACAACCCCGUCCUGGCCAAGGUGGCCCAGACCCCCGAGAUGGUUAACGCCAUAAUCAACCGGCCGGCGCUCGGCAACUUCCCGCCCGAGGACUGGGCCGAGACCCUCCGCUCCGGUAUCCUCAAGGUGGCGCCCAAGGGGCUCGACCAGGUCUUCACGGCCAUGGCCGGCUCUGACGCCAACGAGACAGCCUACAAGGCCGCCUUCAUGUGGCGCCGCCAGCAGGAGCGCGGCGGCUACGACGUCGACUUCACCCCCGAGGAGACGUCGUCCGCCAUGGACAACAAGUCCCCCGGCGCGUCCGACCUGUCCAUCCUCUCCUUCCGCACCGGCUUCCACGGCCGCCUCUUCGGUUCCCUGUCCACCACCCGCUCCAAGCCCAUCCACAAGCUCGACAUCCCCGCCUUCGACUGGCCCCAGGCCACCUUCCCCCUCCUCAAGUACCCUCUCGAGGAGCACGCCGAGGAGAACGCCGCCGCCGAGCAGGCUGCCCUCGACGAGGUCGAGCACCUCAUCAAGACCUACCACGUGCCCCCCGCCGCCGUCAUCGUCGAGCCCAUCCAGUCCGAAGGCGGCGACAACCACGCCUCUCCCGCCUUCUUCCGCGGCCUCCGCGAGGUCACCAAGCGCCACAACGUCCUCCUCAUCGUCGACGAGGUCCAGACCGGCGUCGGCGCCACCGGCCGCUUCUGGGCCCACGACCACUGGGACCUCCCCACGCCCCCCGACAUGGUCACCUUCUCCAAGAAGGCCCAGACCGCCGGCUACUACUUUGGCAACCCCGAGCUCCGCCCUAACAAGCCCUACCGCCAGUUCAACACCUGGAUGGGCGACCCGGCCCGCGCCAUCCUCUUCCGUGCCAUCAUCGACGAGGUCGACCGCCUCGGCCUCGUCGAGCACACGGCCCGCGUCGGCGACUACCUCUUCUCCAAGCUCGAGGGCCUCGCCGCCAAGUACCCCGGCCAGUUCGACAACCUGCGCGGCAAGGGCCAGGGCACCUUCAUCGCCUUCGACAACCCGCGCCGCGACGAGUUCCUCAAGCGCGCCAAGGGCCUCGGCAUCAACAUCGGCGGCUCCGGCGAGCGCGCCGUCCGCCUUCGGCCCAUGCUCAUCUUCCAGGAGCACCACGCCGACAUUCUGAUCGAGGCCCUCGAGAAGAUUGCCAAGUCGUGGUAG